AACAUCUGUUCAAAUGUCCAAACUUCUCUCAGCACGACAGUAACCAGCAUAGGCUAUAAAAAGGUAUUGACUUGAUUGCACUGACUAGUUUUACAGAGGGCUGAAGGAGCAGCAAAUGCACUAAGUCAUGACUUUUUAACAUAUGAAGAAGAAAGAAAACACCGAGUAUGCCUUCCACACAGUCAUUCGAUGUUACAUUUGUGAUGGUCCUUCUUGUAUCAGCAUGUCAAAUAUGUUGUGAUAACAAUAAUAAAGAAUGUAAUUCCCAGCUGUUUACACACACUGGCUUCCCAGACAAUGACAUAGCCAAAGUUUAUGUCACUGAUGCAUUCUACUGUCAAAUAAUAUGCACUUAUUUAUGUGACUGCCAGUUCUUCACUUUCAAUGAAGAAAACUCACCAGCAACGUGCUAUCUGAAAAAUUAUGUGACAGGGGAACCACCGUGUAAUGAUUCUGGAGGAAAUAAAACUUCAGGUUAUUCUCUAAGCCAUUGCCUUACAAGGGAAUGCAGUAUGCAGACCAGACUACAAGAUGGGAACAAAGUCUACAAUAAAUCCGCACAAUAUGAUAUAUGUCCUUCCUCUCCUAACUGCAGUUCUGCAUCUACAAUGGCUGCUUGCAGCAAAUCCGAUUGUAAAAGUGUCAACUUCUGUCAGAGUUCAUCAAACAUUUCUAUCACAUUCCAGCUUAAUGUCACAUGUUCCGACAAAGAAAAUGUCAUAUGCGAAUGUUACCUUAAUGUUUCUAAAACAGGAAACAGAAAUACAGUAGUGGAAGUUAGUGUGCAGUGCUCUGAUAUUCCAGAGUCUUCAACCACCACUGGGAGUGGGACACUGACUACUGCAGAGAUGACAUUAUCUGAUAUUCCAGAGUCUUCAACCACCACUGGGAGUGGGACACUGACUACUGCAGAGAUGACAUUAUCUGGUACCAAAAGCAACGAUUCACUGCAUCUUGUGACAGAGACACUGACCUGGACAGAAGCUCUUCAGUACUGCCGAUGUAACUACACAGACUUGGUCAGCAUUCCCAGCCCUGCAGCCCAAAAUAAUGUGACUGAGUUUAUUAAAAUGAAUAAUAUCACAAAGGACGGCAUCUGGAUUGGCUUACGCAACCACAGGAUCUGGGAUUACUGGUACUGGAGCAAUAAAGACCAAUUUAACUACACCGCCUGGGGUGAAGGUGAACCCAGUGACCUCGUUUAUGAACGAUGUGGUGUAGGAAUACUUGAUGCAAAUCUUACCUUUUACUGGAAAAACGCCUGCUGUCAAACAAGGAAGGCUUUUUUGUGUUAUGGCUCCAAAAUCUGUAAAUGAGUACCUGGGUGAAUUAAAGUUUGCUCUUCCAUUGUUUCUAAUUUACCUUUUAAUAGACACAUUGCAAGGUUUUAAGGAACAUUUUGACUUUUAGGAAUGGGCAAGUUAAUGAAUUUAUGAUAAAGUUUAUUUUAAAAGUAAGAACUAACUUUAUUCUUUGUAGCUGUAUCCUCUGUGGAACCAUGUAGUAUUGCAAAGCUAUUUGCAUGACACCAAGUUAAAAUAUUUUAUCGUGUCCCUAUCACUUUAAUACUGAACAUUUCCUAUGUUUGUGUUGCUAUCUCUGACCAUUUUAAGCUAUUUUCGCUGUUUGUUUAAAAAGGCUGAACAUCCAAGUUAGUUGUAUAUGUUCUAAUAAAAUAGGCUAUGAAGAAUAAUGAAAAAUUCAAGUAUACGAUAUGCUUAGAGCCUACUUUUAGUUAUAAAGGAAAUGAAAAAAUAUUUAUUUAUAUUGAAUUUUAAUGCCAAAAGUUUCAUAUUCAUGAAAUUGCUUUCUACUGGGCAAUGAGAAAGUAUUCUUGUAACAAAAUACAUACUACUUUUAUGGCUGACACAGCAGUACAGCUUGUUUUGAUAAUUUUAUAUUUGUCACACAGACAUCUGUAGGCAGGGCUAA